AAUAAAAACCUUGAUUUAAAAAUUGAUAGAGAAGAAUGUUGUUAUGAUGUUUCAAAAGGGUACAACUGUACAAAUAGAGAGGCAUGACAUUAGUGGGACACAGAAAUGGUUUAUUACCCCUUGGUGAUAACACAGAUGGUAUUCUCAAUGGAAUUGGUCUGAGAAGUAUUUCCUGUUGGGUAAAUUCUUUAUACAAGCCAAAUGAUAUAUAGUGAUUGAAUGUUUAAAAAAAUAAUAAGAAUAGCUCUUUGCUGCACUACUGUGAGGAUGAAGACCAUUCUCAACAGCCAGACCAUCAACAUUCCCAAGAACAUCAACAUCACUCUGAAGGGACACACAGUUAUUGUGAAAGGUCCCAGAGGAGCCCUACGGAGGGACUUCAAUCACAUCAAUGUUGAGCUCAGUCUCCUUGGAAAGACGAAGAAGAGGCUGCAAGUUGACAAAUGGUGGGGAAACAGAAAGAAACUUGCUAACAUUCACACUAUCUGUAGUCACGUCCAGAACAUGAUCAAGGGUGUUACAAUGGGCUUCUGCUACAAGAUGAGGUUUGUGUAUGCUCAUUUCCACAUCAAUGUCAUUAUUCAGGAGAAUGAAUCUCUUGUUGAAAUCCAAAAUUUCUUGGGUGAAAAAUACAUCCAGAAGGUUCAAAUGAGACCAGGUGUUGAUCGUUCAGUAUCUCAAGCCCAGAAAUAUGAGUUGAUCCUUGAAGGCAAUGAUACUGAACUUGUUUCAAAUUCAGCUGCUUUGAUACAGCAAGCCACGACAGUUAAAGAUAAGGAUAUAAGAAAAUUCUUGGAUGGUAUCUAUGUC